AUGGCAGAGAAUAGUUCUAACUUGAAGUCACCUAGAGCGAAGAAAACUAUGGAAAAAGCUAAAAUAAAAAGCGGAUCUCCUUUUUUGAGAUCUCAAUCUGGAGAAAGACCAAGCAAGCCCACAACUCCAUUACAGCGAUCAUCUUACAUCCCCCCUUGGAGUGAACCUUACAUUAUUGGUGUAGCUGGCAAUUCUGGGUCCGGAAAGACUUCAGUUUCUCAAAGAAUCAUUCAAGAGUUGAACCAACCAUGGACUGUGCUUUUGUCUUUUGAUAAUUUCUAUAAGCCAUUGAACAAGAAGGAGAGAGAAAUUGCAUUUAAAAACGAAUAUGACUUUGACAUGCCGACUUCUCUAGACUUAGAUCUUUUAGUAAAUACAGUCAAGUCUUUAAAAAGAGGAGAAAAGACUGAAAUUCCUGUUUAUUCGUUUGAACAUCAUAAUCGUACCAGCAAGACAACAACUAUUUAUGGAGCUAAUGUAAUUAUUAUUGAAGGGAUUUAUGCAUUGUAUGACUCGAGGUUACUAGAUUUAAUGGAUAUAAAGAUAUACAUCGACACUGCACUAGACGUCUGCCUUGCCAGAAGACUUACAAGAGAUAUUCUUUAUAGAGGCAGGGACUUGCCGGGAGCCUUGAAGCAGUGGGAGACAUUUGUGAAACCUAAUGCAGUUAGAUACGUGAGUCCAACUAUGCUGAAAGCAAACUUAGUUAUUCCAAGAGGAAUGGAUAAUCAAAUAGCGAUAAAUCUUAUGAUCAAGCACAUUCAGAAGCAGUUGCUGAUCAAAAGUUAUGCCCAUUUGAAAAACUUAAAAGAAUUGGGUUUAAGACAAGAAUUUAAAGUUCAGCAAUUCAGAAACAUAAAGCUUUUACCGGAAACAAAUCAUACUCGCGGAAUUAAUUCCAUUUUAUUCAAUAAACGCUCAGAAAGAGCUGACUUCAUUUUCUACUUCGAUAGGAUUGCGAUCCUAAUUAUUGAAGGCGCUUUAGAAUUUUUGACUAACUUCAAGAAGAAAGAAAUAUUGACGCCAACUCAGGAAGUUUUUCACGGCGUGUGUCAAGAUGACGAAAUUAUCGCUGUCAACGUCAUCCGAUCGGGUGAUUGUUUUAUGAACGCAAUUAAAAAGACAUUUCCUGAAAUUUCAAUUGGAAAACUCUUGAUUCAAUCGGACUCAUUGACAGGAGAACCACAAUUACAUACGGACUCGCUACCUAAGGACUUAAUCUCUAAAAAGGUGUUUCUCUUUGAUGCUCAGAUCAUCAGUGGUGCGGCUGCAAUAAUGGCAAUCCAAGUCUUAAUUGAUCAUGGGGCUAAGGAAGAAGAUAUGGUAGUCUGUUCGUAUUUAUCUACCGAGAUUGGUUUGAAACGGAUUCUCAAUGUCUUUCCUCAUGUUAAACUUGUACUAGGGAAACUUAGUUCUGGAGAAACUUGUAAAAUAUAUCCUUGGUAUAACCAAGAAAAGUUUUUGGAUACAGAUUGGCACUUCAGAAAUAGAUUUAUCGACAGCUUAUAUUUCGGUACUAAUUAA